AUGGAGCUGGAUGAAGUCGUCCUUUACCACGAUGACUCCGGGAGCUCCGCGGUCAUGUCGGAGCGAGUGUCGGGGCUGGCCAGCUCCAUUUACCGGGAGUUUGAGCGGCUGAUCGAGAGGCACGGGGAGGAGGUGGUGAAGGAGCUGAUGCCGCUGGUGGUGGCCGUGUUGGAGAGCCUGGAGGCGGCGUGUGGAGUCAGCCAGGAGCGGGAAGUGGAGCUGGAGCUUCUGAAGGAGGACAACGAGCAGCUGGUCACGCAGUACGAGCGGGAGAAGGCUCUGCGGAGACACGCCGAGGAGGUGAGCCGAUCCCCGGGGACGAGUCCGGUGGACGACUGA